UCUCUCUUUCUCUGCGGCUCGGCGAGCGUUCUCUGUAAAGUUGCUUGAUACGUUGCUAGUUCCUAGUUUGAACCAGGAGUCUGUUGGUGCUGCGCCAUGCUGGUGAUGUGUAUCUGAGGAGAACAUUCAUUCUGUGCUCUGCUUGGUGCUGAUCAGCCUGCGGGAAAAGUGUUCGAGCAGUGGCUGGUUCAGAUAGCCGCCUGGCUUGGAGGUUUCUGGGUUUGAAUGAGAUCCGCAAAGCAGUGAAAGACCUUAACCCCAAACACUGCAGCCAUGCCACCACCGGCAGACAUCCUGAAGGUGGCCAUCGAAUGGCCAGGGGCCUUCCCCAAACUGAUGGAAAUAGAUCAGAAAAAGCCACUCUCUGCUAUCAUUAAAGAAGUCUGCGAUGGGUGGCAGCUGCCGAACCAUGAAACCUAUGCUCUGCAGAAUGCUGACUCCACUAACUUCUACAUCACAGAAAAGAACCGCAACAACAUCAAAAACGGCUCUAUCCUGCGGCUGACCACAUCUCCUGCCCAGAUGGCACAGCAGCUGUACGAGCGCGUCCAGUCAUCCAGUCUGGACGUGAAGCUGGACGGUUUGAAGGAGCUGGCCAAUUCCUCCAGAGACGUUACCUUCGCCCAAGAGUUCAUUAACCUGGACGGCAUUACUCUGCUCACUCAGAUGGUGGAGAGCGGCACAGAACGGUAUCAGAAACUACAGAAGAUGAUGAAGCCCUGCUUUGGGGAAAUGCUUUCCUUCACACUGACGGCCUUUGUGGAGUUGAUGGACCACGGCAUCGUCUCAUGGGACACGUUCUCUGUGGCCUUCAUCAAGAAGAUUGCCAGUUUUGUGUGCAAGUCCUCCAUGGACUCCGCAGUGCUACAGAGAUCGCUGGCCAUCCUGGAGUCUAUGGUGCUCAACAGUCAGGACCUCUACCAGAAGGUGGCACAAGAGAUCACCAUCGGCCAGCUCAUGCCUCAUCUCCAAGGAACGGAUCAGGACAUUCAGACUUACACCAUUGCUGUGAUUAAUGCUCUGUUCCUGAAGGCCCCUGAGGAGAAGAGACAGUUUGAUGAGAGCAAUGUGAACAUCCUUGAUUGCCCCCUCACCGAGAUGUCUCAUAUUCUCGCACAGAAGCAGCUGCGCUCCAUUAUUCUCCAGAACGUCAUUAGGAGCAACAAACCCAUUAACGAGGAGAUGGCCCACCAGCUCUACAUGCUGCAGGUCUUGACAUUUAACCUUUUGGAGGACCGCAUGAUGACCAAGAUGGAUCCUCAGGAUCAGGCCCAGAGAGAUAUCAUCUUUGAGUUGCGCAGGAUUGCCUUCGAUGUCGAGUGUGAUUCCAACAACAGCGGCAGUAUUGAUAAGCGCAAGUCCAUGUACACCAGAGACUAUAAGAAGCUUGGUUUCAUCAACCAUGUGAACCCAGCGGUGGACUUCACACAGAUUCCUCCAGGGAUGCUGGCUCUGGAUAAUAUGCUCUAUUUCGCCAGACACCACCAGGAUUCAUAUAUCAGGAUUGUCCUGGAGAACAGCAGUCGAGAAGACAAGCAUGAAUGUCCGUUUGGCCGCAGCAGCAUCGAGCUCACCAAGAUGCUGUGUGAGAUCCUUAAAGUAGGAGAACUACCCAGCGAGAACUGCCAUGACUUCCACCCCAUGUUCUUCACUCAUGACCGAUCUUUUGUGGAGUUCUUCUGCAUCUGCAUCCAGCUGCUCAACAAAACCUGGAAGGAGAUGAGAGCUACGUCUGAGGACUUUAACAAGGUGAUGCAGGUGGUGAGGGAACAGAUCACACGUGCUCUGACAGCCAAGCCUAACUCUCUGGACCAGUUUAAGAGCCGCCUGCAGAACCUGAGUUACACAGAGAUCCUCAAGAUCCGGCAGUCUGAGAGAAUGAACCAGGAGGACUUCCAAUCCCGGCCCAUUCUGGAGCUGAGGGAGAAGAUCCAGCCGGAGAUCAUGGAGCUGAUCAAACAGCAGCGACUGAACCGCCUGUGUGAGGGCACCUGCUUUAGGAAGAUCAGCAGCCGCAGGAGACAGGAUAAGUUCUGGUACUGUCGCUUAUCGCCCAAUCAUAAAGUGCUGCACUAUGGAGACCUGGAGGAGAGCCCUCAGGGAGAGGUGCCUCAUGACUCUCUGCAGGACAAAUUGCCUGUGGCUGACAUCAAAGCCGUCGUCACCGGCAAGGACUGUCCACACAUGAAAGAGAAGGGAGCCCUGAAGCAGAACAAGGAAGUGCUGGAGCUGGCCUUCUCUAUCCUCUACGAGUCUGACGAGUAUUUAAACUUCAUCGCUCCUGAUAAACACGAGUACUGUGUGUGGACAGAUGGACUGAACGCUCUGCUGGGGAAGGAGAUGACAAGCGAAUUCACCCGCUCGGACUUGGACACUCUUCUGAACAUGGAGAUGAAGCUCCGCCUCCUGGACCUGGAGAAUAUCCAGAUCCCGGAGGCCCCGCCCCCUAUCCCCAAAGAACCCAGUAAUUAUGACUUUGUCUAUGACUGCAACUAACCCCCGCCACUGGACCAAGUGAUUUCUUUUCUUAAAAACAAACUGGAAGAAGAAAAAAAAGAAGAAGAGGAAAAAAAACUUUUAGAAAACUGUCAAAGAAAAUAAACAAAAAAAAAAGGAUCAAAAUUUUUUGCUUUCUUUUCGCUACACUUGCUAAACUUCUUUUUUUAAAUGCGUAUGAUCAAAGCUAAGUGAGUUUGCUGGACUUAAUGGAUUUUGGCUCCAGGGGCCGGUGACCUGUCCCGUUUAGUAGGAGAGACACUAUGUGUCCUCAGUUGGGUCCUCAGGUCCAAAAAAACCUUCACUGCACAAAAACCUUCUGCUGUCAGCUCGCCAACACCUUCUCAUUUCACACACCACGCACCUGCUCCACACACUCUCACACACAUACGAACAGUGUCCUGUGUUAAUGCUGAGUCCAUCCCAAAGCUUUCAGUUUUUAUUCCCAUCCUUCCAGGCUGUUUAAGGUGAGAGCGUGUCCUGCUGAGCGUGUGCAGAGCCUGGGGACUCGGGCUUUUAGCACAUAGCGCAGCAUUACGUCUCUGACUCUGACUCGCACAGGCGGCAGCUAACGGCACAGAACACAGAACAGAACGACGGCAGGUCAGUGUAGUCCUAGUACAUCUUCACUUCUGUCUCCAAGCAUCUAGUGUUUUCUUCACAAACCUGUAGACUGUUAACUGAAUACGGCAGUGUAAUGAAAGAGGCUGCGUCCCAUGUCUUACGUUAGCCCUGCUUUAAGUGGGCACACCCCAACACGCCAGCCUGCCCAGCCGGCCGGUGUGACUAUAACACAAGCUUGCAAAUACAUCCCUCCCUUUUACUUGAUACCCACCAGACUUGUGGUAGACUGCUGUAACAUUCCAAAGCAAUAUUGAGCUUCUGUUUUUGUAAUAUGGUGUAAACAUUAGUGAUAUUCGUGCUGCCAAGUAGUCAGUAUUAGACUAUUUUUUAUUUUGUUGUUGUUGUUGUUUUUCAGGACCAUCGGAUAAAUUUGAUCAUUCAUGUUAAUUUAAGUUAAAUGAUAUAUCCUGUCACUGUUAUAUCUACCGUGAUUGAUUUUUUUUUUUAAUCCCAUCAGAUGUUUAUGAGCCCUACAUCAUGCUGUUUACAUUAAAGAUCAAUUCCAAUUCA